AUGGUUACUUCCAAGUUCACCGAGUUGCUCGACGACUGCGCGCCACCAUCUCUUCCUUCAGCCAAUGUCACACUUGAAGACUGCCUCGAGCACCGUCAAAGAUCUCCUUCGUCGAGCAGCAGCUCCAAGGGCUCAAUCGAGUCUGUCAAGUUCGCCUCUUCGACACACAGUCCUCCUGCCACACCUACUUCGCCUAUCUCAGGCCUGAUGAGAGCUUUCUCCACCAGAAGAAGAAACGCUCCUUGA